ACCAUACCGCAGCCAUUCAGCCCAGGCAAGCAAGCUACCGAACGGUUCUUUCUUUUACUGGCUGCUCGCUUACCCUCCAAAAACCAAUGCCAAAGUUUUCCCACAACUCCGGCUUUACAUGGCAAACAGCCCCCAGCCCAAUUUAAUUAGUUAUUAACUUAUUAUACUAUUCUAAUGAAUUGACCCAAACCCCUACUCUCUUUCUCUCUCACAUCCUAUCUCUGUCCCUCUCGUCUGGCGUGUCCUCCCGAACCCUUUCUCCGGUCUCAUUCCUUCCCUCCGCUUGAUCAGGAUUAUAGAUUUUGAAGUGAAAGACGAGAAAUGGCGAUGUAUAUCGUAUCUCGUCGGCUUUCCGCCGGAUCCACCACCUCCCAGCUGGUCACCUCUCUCCGUUACGCCACUUGCUGGAGGUCCUACUCGACGUCGUUUAGGGAGGAACGAGACACUUUCGGCCCCAUUAAUGUCCCCUCCGAUAAAUUGUGGGGAGCGCAAACUCAGAGAUCGUUACAGAAUUUUGAAAUAGGCGGCGAGCGUGAACGGAUGCCUGAACCUAUUAUUCGUGCCUUUGGUAUUCUCAAGAAAUGUGCUGCUAAGGUGAAUAUGGACUAUGGUCUUGAUCCAACCAUUGGGAAAGCAAUAAUGCAAGCGGCCCAAGAAGUAGCUGAAGGGAAACUCAAUGAUCACUUUCCGCUUGUUGUUUGGCAAACUGGCAGUGGCACUCAGAGUAAUAUGAAUGCCAAUGAGGUUAUUGCUAAUAGAGCAGCUGAGAUCCUUGGGCAUAAACGUGGUGACAAAUUUGUGCACCCAAAUGAUCAUGUUAAUAGAUCUCAGUCGUCUAAUGACACAUUCCCAACUGUAAUGCACAUUGCAGCUGCAAUGGAAAUAAACUCAAGAUUAACACCUCAGUUGAAGAUUUUGCAUUCCACAUUACAUUCAAAGUCUAUUGAAUUCAAAGAUAUUGUUAAAAUUGGUCGCACUCACACUCAAGAUGCAACACCUUUGACUCUUGGGCAAGAGUUUAGUGGCUAUACAACACAAGUCAAGUACGGAAUUGAUCGGGUUUUGUGCACCCUGCCACGCAUGUAUCAGCUUGCACAAGGUGGUACUGCAGUGGGGACAGGAUUGAAUACAAAGAAAGGGUUUGAUGAAAAAAUGGCAGCUGCAGUAGCUGACGAAACACAAUUGCCGUUUGUCACUGCAGAAAACAAGUUUGAAGCUUUGGCUGCACAUGAUGCCUUUGUUGAAACUAGCGGAGCCCUAAACACUAUUGCUACUUCCCUGAUGAAGGUUGCAAAUGACAUACGAUUGCUGGGAAGUGGUCCCCGAUGUGGCCUUGGUGAGCUUAUUCUUCCUGAAAAUGAGCCAGGCAGCAGUAUUAUGCCUGGGAAGGUGAAUCCAACCCAGUGUGAGGCUCUUACUAUGGUGUGUGCCCAGGUUAUGGGUAACCAUGUGGCUAUCACCGUGGGUGGAUCAAAUGGCCACUUUGAAUUGAAUGUGUUCAAGCCAAUGAUUGCUAGUGCACUCCUACAUUCACUGAGAUUGCUGGGUGAUGCAUCUGCUUCCUUUGAGAAGAACUGUGUGAGGGGAAUUCAAGCUAAUAGGGAAAGAAUUUCAAAAUUACUUCAUGAGUCUCUAAUGCUUGUCACAUCCUUGAACCCUAAAAUUGGUUAUGAUAAUGCUGCAGCUGUUGCCAAGAAAGCCCAUAAGGAGGGGUCCACUUUGAAGGAAGCGGCAUUGAAACUUGGUGUGCUAACUAGCGAAGAAUUUGACAAUCUUGUGGUGCCUGAGAAAAUGAUUGGCCCAUCUGACUGACAAGCUAUUUUGCUACCCAGAUUUUAGUUUUGAAACCAUUUUUCUCGAUCAGUUGGAUUUAUAAGUCCAAUAAAAUCCAACGGCGAUUUUCUUCAUGUUCUGAUUUGGAAACUGAUAUUCUUGAGGUUUUCUCAUUGGGUUUGUAUUGUUUAUGCAUUUGACAGUGAAAGAGUGGCCCUUAAUUGGCUAAUAAGGGGAAAGCCUCCCUCAUUUUGUAAGGAGACAGUGUACUGAAGGAAAGUUAAAUGUAGAAUAAAAGAGAUAAUAUCAAGUUGCCAGCAAAGCUGAAUGUGACAUACUUCUUACAUGA